AUGGCAUCCCAGGAAUCGAUCGCAUUAUUUCUAAUGAGUUUGAGUCAUAGAGUGGUUCCCAAUCUUUUCUUUGAACCUCCCCAGAGAGCUGAAUCUUAUGUUAUCGUGCAAAUUCAGUUUGCUCUGAACAGUAUCCAGAGUGCUGAAGCAAUGUUAUCGAACAGCUUGAAUGAUUCGGAUCAGCUCUCAAUGAUUCUACGAAAAUUAUAUCAAAAAAUCAGCAAGACUGAUUUCUAUGCCAUCUAUUGCUAUUACGAAUUUGGCUUAGCAGUAAUCAAUCGUCUCAAUGAAUUAAUAGAAAAAGAACAGAAGAAGGCACGAAAUAAGUUAAAUAUGAAAGUUCAGAGAUAUUUACCAGCUGAUACUUCUCUAGUUGUGGCAAAGGAUAAAAUUAAAAAGGCUAAAAAAAUAAUUGAUAUUUUUGGUUCUAUAGGUCUAUUUAGAAUUUAUUAUGUUUGUUUAUUUUCUAUAGAUCAGCUCUCAUAUUUUAAAGAAGAUGAUAUCAACUUCAUAAAAGCAAAAUUACCAAACCCUGAGACGCCAUAA